GGGAAGAGGGCUUCACUUUAUCCCCUGUCUUACCCUUCUCUCCAAAUCCUUCCGUUGUGGAACAUCAUCAAUAGGACCACCAAUCAUCACAGCAUCAGCACCAACGUCCCAUCGUAUCAUUCGAUGAGUGUCUCCAGGAUGCCAUUGGUCUCGAAACGAAACAACCUCCCCCCUCAACCUCAACCACCACAACCACAGCCACCACCCCGUGGAUCAUCAUCAAUCCGAACUUCAAUCCGCGACUUCUCCUCACAAUGGUUCCUCAUUCCCCAAGGAACAGCAAUAACAGCAACAGUCCUCCACCAACUAGACUACCGCUUCCCAGGCCUCACAACAAUAGCCUACAUCUUCUGGGCAGCCUCCAUCCUCCUCCUACUACUGAUGCUAACCCUCUACGCCGCCCGCCUAACCCUCUACCCAACACCCACCAUCCGCGCCCUCAAACACGACGACGCAGAACUCGCAGGCCUGGCCAGCAUCUCCAUAACUUUCACCUCCGUAACCCAAACAGCCUCCCUCGCCCUCGCCCCCAGCUCCCGCGGGCCCUGGAGCGCAACAGUCCACAUCCUAUGGUGGAUCUCCUUCGCCCUCGCAACAACAACCAUCCUCAUCCUCCCCUUCAUCUUCAUCAAAGUCUACCCACCAGGCGUAGCCCACCUCUCCCCCUCCACCCAGCUAGCAGUCACAGCAGCGCUCACAGCCGCAGCAGCAGGCGGGACCCUCUGCACGUCCGCAGCAAACCUCACCAGCGCCCAACAGGUCCCCAUUAUCGUCGUAUCCUACCUCCUCGUCGGCAUGGGCCUGCCCCUGGCUUUCGCGCUAGACGUGUUAUUCUGGGCGCGGCUGCUGGGAAACUACGAACCUCCCAAGGAGAAGGCCUUUCAGGACAUGAUCCUCUGCGGACCGUGGGGUCAGGCGAGUUACGCGCUGCAGAUACUGGGACAGGCUGUCAUCGGCGGCAGCUUCGCUUCGUACACGGGUAAUGGCGCCCUUCUCUCCGCGGAUGCCGCUGCCGCUCCGGUGGGCUACGCGAGUAUCUUUGCCGGUCUCGUGGCCUGGGGUCUGGGGACGUACUGGUGGCUCUUUGCCAUCCUGGGCGUCUUGCGCGCCUUUUUUGAAGGGGGAUGGAAGCCGAAUCGGAUCCCGUAUACUCUUGCUGGAUGGGCCAUGGUUUUCCCGUGGGGCGUCUACACUAAUGCGGCACUUCAGUUGGGUAAGAUUUUCGGAUCCCGAGCCUUCAAGGUGUGGUCUACCUGUUUGGCCGUCAUGUUGGUCCUGAUAUGGCUUUGGAAUGUCGGCUUGACAAUGAAGAUGCUUUUCGAUAAGUGUAAAGCUAAAAGACUCGUGCUGGCCUCUGCAUAACGAAAUAAGUUCGUAUUCCAAACUAAGAACCUCAAGAACUGUGCACUCGGGGUUGAGCGUGACAGUCACGACAUGGCCAUGGGUUAGGUGUUUGCCGUGCUUUAGAACCCAAGUCCUCAGCCUCGCUCCUUGCGCAUGCUAUCAUGAGCCACGAAAUUCCUUAUUGGCCUCUCAGACGUAGUCUCAGAAUAUUCCAUCACCAAGAAACUUUCUGUCAAAGAUUCAACAACUUGCCCAUGGCAUCAAUCACUUCCUUCAAAUAUUUCCUUGCCUGUUUCGCAAACAA